AGACACCCCCCUACCCCGGUGGAUACCCCCUAAUCCGUGCCUCACCCCUUUUUCCAUCCCGCCUGUAAACCGCAACAUCUCGCGGCUCAUCCUCAUUCCUGCUGCGUAUCCGCUAAGCGCUGCGAGCUUUUCUCCUUUCUUCGCUUUCUGCUGCUUUAAAGCAACCGUCGGUAACGACCAUGUCUACCAACGAGCGCUUCGACUGCCAUUACUGCAAAGAAUCCCUGCUGGGGAAGAAGUACAUCAUGAAAGAGGACACACAGUACUGCACUAAGUGCUACGAGAGCCUGUUUGCCAACUGCUGCCAGAGCUGCUCCCUGCCCAUUGGCGCCAACUGCAAGGACCUGUCCUACAAGGACCGUCACUGGCACGAGGAGUGCUUCAAAUGCGCCAAGUGCAGCCGCUCCCUGGUGGAGAAGGCCUUCGCCGCCAAGGACGACCUGAUGCUGUGCACCGAGUGCUUCGCUCACGACUACUCGUCCAAGUGCGCCACCUGCAAGAAGACGGUCAUGCCAGGUUCCCGCAAAAUGGAGUACAAGGGAAAGAGUUGGCAUGAGACAUGCUUUCUGUGCCACCGCUGCCAGCAGCCCAUCGGAACCAAGUCCUUCAUCCCCAAAGACGACGGCUUCUUCUGCGUGGGCUGCUUCGAGAAGCAGUUUGCCUACCAGUGCUGCGCGUGUAAGAAGGCCAUCACCACGGGCGGUGUGACGUACCAGGACAAACCGUGGCACCGCGAGUGCUUCCUCUGCAUCGGCUGCAGGAAGCAGCUGUCGGGCCAGCGCUUCACCUCCAGGGAAAACUACCCGUACUGCCUGGAGUGCUUCAGCGAGCUCUACGCCAAGAAGUGCGUGGGCUGCACCAAGCCCAUCACCAGCCUGGCCGGGGCCAAGUACAUCUCGUUCGAGGAGCGUCAGUGGCACAGCGAGUGCUUCACGUGCGGGCAGUGUUCCGUGUCCCUGGUGGGCCGAGGUUUCCUCACCCAGCGCGACAACAUCCUGUGCACCGACUGCGGACGCGAGAAGUGACAAGCUACGCUCAAAGGAGCAUCAAGCUAAUGUUUACGAAUGAGAGGCAGCGCAAAGAUCAACAAAGUGUCUUUAAACGGAAUGUUUGUACAACCCUUUGAGGCUUUUUGUUAAGUUUUACACUAGAUUUUAGUUGCACAGGCAAGUCUUUUUUUUCAUUGUCAAAGUGUUCACUAUGCAAUACCCUACCUACUGUAUUAUACCAUACCUACUUACUUACCUACCCUACCUACUAUAUUAUACCCUACUUACAUAGAUACCCAUUCCUACCUAUCUACUUGUCUUAUCUACCAAGUCUAUCCUACCCUACUGUACUGACUAUGUUAUUGUCUACCUACCUAGUUAGUGACCCUACCUACUAUGUUGUAGCCGGCCAACCAACUCUCCCCUACCUACUAUAUUAUACCCUACCCAUUCAUACAAUGGCAACCAACACUACCUACCUACUUUAUAUUUCCCUACCGACCUACUUGUCCGACUGAACCACACUGCCUACUACAGUAUCUUACCUACCGACAUACCACAUCUCCCCUACCAACUAUAGUAUAUUUUACCCUACCUGCCUGCUUGCCCUAUUUACAUACUCUGCAUUACCUAGCUGUAAUAUCAACCUACCUGCUUGCCCGAUCUGCUGACUCUAAUUUACCCUACCGACUAUUAUACCAGAACUUCCUAUCUUUCCUAUCUACCUACCUUUCCUACCUACCUACUUUACUCUGUUUACCAUCAUAAAACACCCUACUUACUCACUUGCCAUCUAUACGUACUCUAUCCUCCUGUACCAACUGUAUCAACCCUGACCUAUCUACUUGCCCUAUCUACCUACUCUACCCUACCUACUAUAUUAAACCUUACCUUCCCUUUGUCCUACCCGUUUACCUACUUGUCAAACCUGCCUACUCUACCCUCCCUCAUAUACCUUACUUACCUGCUUCUCUUAUCUACCCUACUCCACCCUACCUACUAUAUUAUAUCCUACCUACCUACUUGCCCUAUCUACCUACUCUACCUUACCUACUGUAUUAUACAUUACACACUACCUACUUGCGUAUACUAUUUUCUUACUCUCCCCUACCUACCAUAUGACACCCCAUGUACCUAACAUCUUGUUUUUCCUAUUAUAACCUACCGACCUACUUUCAUUAUGUACCUAUUCUCUCCUAUCUACUACAUUUAUUUUGUUGCAAUUGCCUGCUUUGAAGCUAAUUGUAGAAAAAAAAACUAGAAUGGCACUUAGUGGCAUGCAUAUCAACAUCAAAUUGUACACUUUCACAAAGGCCUUAAUAAACGCAGUUUUGUAUAAACGCAGACACUGAAAGAGGGAGGCAGAAAUUAAUAAAGGAAAGUACCAUUCGA